AUGACAGGAGAACUAUCUGUAACUAUUGUUGAAGUUAGAACACUUCAUGAUGAAGAUACUUUUAGUGGCGCAAAUUAUGCUUAUGUUGAAGUUCGUGUUGAGAAAAACCAACAUCAUAUACAUUUAAAAGUAUUUGAUCAGGAUGUAGGUCGUCGCGAUGAAAUAGGUUCGGCUAAAAUUGAUUUAAAACCUAUUAAAGCAUCAGCGACUUUUGAUGAUUGGGUUAAAUUGCCAAAAUUAUUUGGUCUUCGUUCAACUGGUGAAAUUCAGAAGCUUAUUUUUUUUAAUAAACCUAUCCAGACAAAAUAA